AUGCACGUCGCCAUGUUCAUCUCCUUGAUUCUCACGGCGAUCAUUGCUGGAACCCUUGCCGAUAUACGCGCAGUAGCCACCAGCGCGCCUAGUGCGAUUCACAGGCGUGACUCCCACUCCUGGGCCGGCAGCAACCCUUACUCCCUGCACGCUCUGCCCGCAGCGGAGCAAUCACGCUACAUCGACACGCUCGCCAGCUGGGGUGUCCAAGUCGUCCGCCUCUGGGGUAAGCCCUCUCCCCCGCCCGGCGCUUUCAACCCAUGCCAUGAUUUCCAAACAAGCCACCCAUCAACGGCUGAUCGCCCUCCGGAGGAUUGGGUGUGCGGGCGGGCGCGGGCGAUGAAGGGGUUGAUUGGCGCGUCGCGGGUGGAGGUCGCGACGGGCGGCGUUGGGGGGCAGCCGGUAUUGCUGCGCGUGCAUGGGUACAUGGGCAAGGCGGCGGGUUGGGCGUAUUUCGUGACGGGCGACGGCUCGAUUCUGAAGGCGGUUGAAGCGGCGGAUCCGGGGAAGAAGGUCAUGUUGGAGGAGUGGGGCGUGGCGGAGGGGUCGGAAGACGGGUUCGAGGCGCAGGUCGCGGUCUUCAAUGGUGCGGGUCUAUACUGGCAGGUGGUUCCAGGGAAAGAUCAGACGCAGGACGGAGCGCCAUUGAGCUGUGGUUAUGACGGGUUCGAAAUUGGGCUGAAUAGCACGAAAGGGAAUGUGAGGGCUGCUGUCGAUGAGGCAAAUCCAGUCUCUGCUGCUCAGAACUGGGCAGAGUGGUUUGAGUAG